AUGCAUCCUACAAUGGAAGCAACUGUUCAAGAGAAUACCGGCCAGUCCACCAAAAAAACCUCUCCCAGAGAGAAAGUCAAUUCCUCGGACAGUGGUGGCAAAACGGCCAAAGAGAAGAACCUGUCACCUCAUUCAUCUAAAGAAGACAAAACAUCUAACUCUCCACAGCUGAAGAACAAUAUCCGAGAAAGUCAUGAGGCCUCGCCGCCCACUGCUGGUCUUCCGGUUUCCCGACCCACGAAAAGUAACGUUGGAAAAUACAAAUUGGUACGCACCAUCGGUAAGGGAAACUUUGCCAAAGUUAAGCUUGCCAUACACAUGGCAACAGGAGUUGAGCUGCGGCGAGAGGUCAGCAUUCUUCAAAAACUCAAUCAUCCGAACAUAGUUCGAUUAUUGGAAAUAAUAGAGAAUGAUGAAGUGAUUUGCCUCGUACAGGAAUACGCCAACGGUGGUGAGAUAUUUGAUUACCUCGUGGCUCAUGGUAAGAUGCAUGAGAAGGAGGCUAGGAGCAAGUUUCGGCAGCUUGUCUCUGCCAUUGACUAUUGUCACUCCAGGAACAUCGUUCAUCGAGAUCUCAAAGCUGAAAACAUCCUUCUUGACUCACAACUAAAUGUUAAGGUCGCUGACUUCGGUUUGGCUAACGUCUUCACCCCUGAUCAAAAGCUCUCUACCUUCUGUGGUAGUCCUCCAUAUGCCGCCCCCGAAUUGUUCCUGGGCAUUCGGUAUCACGGUCCUGGAGUUGAUGUCUGGUCAAUGGGGGUGCUUCUUUUUACUUUGGUUGUGGGCCAUCUACCUUUCGAUGCCACUGAUCUGCGUGAAUUGCGAACAAAAAUUCUUACCGUGCGCUACAAUCUGGGUAGAGGCGAAGUCUCUAACGACUUGUUGGCUCUGUUGAAGAAAAUGCUUGUUUUGGACCCACGUGAUCGUUACUCCUUGCGGGCAAUAAUGAACGACCGAUGGCUCAACACGGGCUAUGAUUCAGUGAUGACGCCGUACACAGAACCUUCCCACAUCCAGCUGAAUGAGGUUUACGUUGAACACAUGCUUCGUCUCGGUUUUACAGAG